AUUCUGUUCUUAGUUAGCAAAGAACGACCAUGUUAUUAUAAUGAUUAAUGUAGGAAUAGAUAAAUAUGAGGGAUUAAAGGAGAGACUAAGAAAAUUUAAUGAAAAGAAGAAAAAAAAGAGAGUAACAGAUGCAAGACUAAAUUUUACGCAAUAUACAGCCCAUGUAAUCCCAUUGUCUACACAGAGAUUUAUUCUCUCUCCUUUCAACAGAUCAGUUUUGUUUUCUCAAAUCGGAUGUGGUACAUUCAAUAAGCUUUUUUCUAUCAACAAUACAACACCCCUCAAUAUACUAAGAGGAUCAUAUGAACGGUUUGGGUUGCUAAAGUUAUGGAAAGGUACAACUCCUCAUUUAGCUUCCGGAACGAUAUUCCCUGGAAUUUAUAUCCUAUCUAGAUGGGUAUCAGACUUGAAAUAUAUUCCUUAUAAUGAUAAGAGGAGGGUGGUAUAUGUAAAGAGAUAUUUGUCUCUUUUUUCUGUUUACACGUUCUCCCAUUUGUUCAGUUACCCUUUUGAUGUAGCCUAUACUAGACUUGCUACAAACUAUUCAGGUUCUGUUAAAAUCAAGUCACAUUUAAGAUCCGUUUGGAAUACCAAAGGUAUGCAGGGUUUUUAUAGCGGAUUUUCACUAUGUUUAAUGUCCACGGCUACAUAUUUGCUUAUUACAUUCCCACUUAAUGAGAAAUUCCAGUAUAAGCUUAUUGAAAGUGUAAACGAUGAGAUAUCCAAGCACCCGCUACUUAAACAAAAUGUGAAAUCUAUACAACCAAAAGAACUCAAGCCAGUGGAACUGUUCCCUUUUAAUUUAAUUUUUGGUUCAGUUUCAGCAUUCAUCGCACGAACAAUUACGUAUCCACUAGAUACGAUAAGAGUCCUAUACCAAUAUGAUUCUUGGAAAAACAAUUCAAAGUCAAUUUAUAGUGUUUUAAUGAAAUGUACUUCUGGUGGUUGGCUGAGGCUAUAUUCCGGCUUUAGCAUGAAGUGUGUUCUUCUCGUUCCAGAAUGUCUUCUUUAUGGAACAUUUUAUUCCAUAGUGAUCAAGUCGUUGUCUUGA